AUGGCGGCCACCGAGGACGAGCCGUCGGCCGGGGCGGGCGAGGGCGAGCGGCUGGAUUUCCUGCGGGACCGGCACGUGCGCUUCUUCCAGCGCUGCCUGCAGGUCCUGCCGGAGCGCUACUCCUCGCUGGAGACCAGCAGGUUGACAAUUGCCUUUUUUGCGCUCUCCGGGCUGGAUAUGUUGGAUUCCUUAGAUGUGGUGAACAAAGAUGAUAUAAUAGAAUGGAUUUACUCCCUGCAGGUCCUUCCCACAGAAGACAGAUCAAAUCUAAGUCGCUGUGGUUUCCGAGGUUCUUCUUACCUGGGCAUUCCAUUCAAUCCAUCCAAGAGUCCUGGAACAGCUCAUCCCUAUGAUAGUGGCCACAUAGCCAUGACCUACACUGGCCUUUCGUGCUUAGUUAUUCUUGGAGAUGACUUAAGUCGUGUGAAUAAAGAAGCUUGUUUAAUGGGCCUGCGAGCCCUCCAGCUGGAAGAUGGAAGCUUUUGUGCCGUCCCUGAAGGCAGUGAAAAUGACAUGCGCUUUGUGUAUUGUGCUUCCUGUAUUUGCUACAUGCUCAACAACUGGUCUGGCAUGGAUAUGAAAAAAGCCAUCAGCUAUAUUAGAAGAAGUAUGUCCUAUGACAAUGGGCUGGCACAGGGAGCCGGGCUUGAAUCUCAUGGAGGAUCAACUUUUUGUGGCAUUGCUUCACUGUGUCUAAUGGGCAAGCUAGAAGAAGUUUUUUCGGAAAAGGAGUUGAACAGGAUAAAGCGGUGGUGUAUAAUGAGGCAGCAGAAUGGUUAUCAUGGAAGACCAAAUAAGCCGGUAGACACCUGUUACUCUUUUUGGGUGGGAGCAACUUUAAAGCUUCUGAAAAUUUUUCAGUACACUAACUUUGAAAAAAACAGAAAUUACAUCUUAUCAACUCAAGAUCGUCUUGUUGGGGGAUUUGCCAAGUGGCCAGAUAGUCAUCCAGAUGCUUUGCACGCAUACUUUGGAAUUUGUGGUCUGUCUCUAAUGGAAGAAAGUGGAAUUCGUAAAGUUCAUCCUGCCCUGAAUGUAAGCACACGAACUUCUGAACGCCUGCGUGAUCUCCAUCAGAGCUGGAAAGCCAAGGACUCCACCCCCUGCUCGGAGAACACACACAUCUCCACAUGCCUGACUUAGGUUGGCAGAGUGAGGCUCUCUGAGGCUUUGUGGCCUCUCAGUAGCUCCCAGUUAAAGCCAUGCAUAACCAAGUGUGCUUUUUUUUUUUUUAAAGAGGUAGUCUCACAAUCAAAAUUUGUGCUCAUGUCACUUUGGGAUAUGGUCUUGAGCCAGCAAUCUUUGUAUAGGUUUUCGAGAAUAUCUUUGUUGGAAUUAGAACCACAGUGGACUGACUCUGUGUUUCUUAGAUGUUUAUAUUAUAUUUCUAAGACAUUCUUUGAAGCAUAUUAAUAGUAUGUACGUAGAUGACCUUUUUUUUAAAAAAAAAAACUCUUCAGUACAAAUGGUGUUAUAUUACAAAGUGGACUCAUAUCUUCGAAAAACAGGUUUACAUGUCAUAAAUAAUAGCAGUGAUGAUCUUAGGGUGAACACAUAGUGAUCAUUAGAACACUUGACUGCUGAUGGAAGAAAAUUGCUUUAAUGGAUUAAGUAUCUGGGAUUAUUCUUUGGAAACAGAUGAUCCCGUAAUUUUUUUAAGGAAAAAUGACCUAUUUUCUCUUAAUAUUAAGUAAAGUGUGCCAAUUAAACUUGUGUGGCCUAUAUGAAUGAAAUUAACUUCAUAUAAAGAU